UUGUGGAUUCUGGCUUUUUCACAACACGGCCUUCCCCCUACCGCGGCGAACGCCACCAUGAGUCUGAGUGUGAACGAGCUGACGGAGCUGAUGGAGAUGUGGGCGGAGCUGAACUUCACGGGGGACAACAUGUCAUCCCACCACGUAGAGGCUCUGCUGUGCCCGGCUGAGUUCAGCCACACGGCGGUGCUCUAUGUCCUCUACAUCUUCAUCUUCCUGGUGGGCCUGGCCGCCAACACCCUGGUGGUGUGGGUCAACCUCCGCUCAGAGAGGAACUGCUUUGAGACCCACCUGUACAUCCUCAACCUGGCUGUGGCUGACCUCUGUGUGGUGGCUACUCUCCCAGUCUGGGUCAGCUCGCUGCUACAGCGCGGCCACUGGCCCUUCGGCGAGGCCGUCUGUAAGAUCACCCACCUGGUGUUCAGCGUCAACCUCUUCGGGAGUAUCUUCUUCCUCACCUGUAUGAGCGUGGACCGCUACCUGUCCGUGGCGCUAUUCGGAGACGGAGGGAACAGCCGCAGGAAGAAGGUGGUGCGGAGGGUGAUCUGUAUCCUGGUUUGGCUGCUGGCCCUGGCCGCCUCCGUCCCAGACACUUACUUUCUCCAGGCGGUCAAGUCCACACACUCUGACGCCACCGUGUGCCGGCCCGUCUACCCCACUGACAACCCCCGAGAGUGGAUGGUGGGCAUCCAGCUUAGCUUCAUCGUCCUGGGCUUCGCCAUCCCGUUCCCGGUCAUCGCCAUCUUCUACCUGUUAUUAGCAGGCGCCAUCGGCAACGCCAACCCGCCCGGCUCCAGCGCCAACUCAAACCAGGAGCGACGCAUCAGCCGGAAGAUCAUCCUGACCUACAUUGUGGUGUUCCUGGUCUGCUGGCUGCCCUACCACGGAGUCCUAUUGGUCGACACUUUAUCUCUCCUCAACGUCCUGCCCUUCAGCUGCAGGCUGGAGAACUUCCUGUAUGUGUCCCUCCACCUGACCCAGUGCUUCAGCCUCAUCCACUGCUGCAUCAACCCCGUCAUCUAUAACUUCAUCAACAGGAACUACCGUUACGACCUCAUGAAGGCCUUCAUCUUCAAGUAUUCGACCAAGACGGGCCUGGCCAAGCUCAUUGACGCAUCACAUGUGUCCGAGACGGAGUACUCGGCCGUGGCGGCGGUGGAGAAUAACGUGUGAUUGGCCUGCUGCGAGAGGACAGGAUAAGAUAGGAUACACUUUAUUGUCCCUAAGGGGAAAAUUGUCUUGGACACACAGAGGUGAUGUCACACAACCCACAGAGAACUGACUCUCUACCAAACGGACUCUAUUUAAGGCCUGCUAAACGGGCUGAACAGUUAACUGACUGCAUGCAGUCCCUGGGAAGGACAUCUCAAGCACAUUAGACGCACUGUAAAAGACCAAGACUCUGUUUCAUAUGCUCUGUUUCAUUUACAGUGUGACUCCAGUUUUGUUGUAAUUUCCCCCUUUUUGAGUGAGUUUGGUUAACUUCCCCCUUGUUUAGUAACAGGGGUGGGGGGUCUUCUUGAGAAAGCACUUCUUCUGAACUGGAGACUUGGUGUCACCCAAACAGAUGGUUCAACGGCACCGUAAACACACACACACACACACACACACACACACACACACACACACACACACACACACACACACACACACACACACACACACACACACACACACACACACACACACACACACACACACACACACACACACACACACACACACACACACACACACACACACACACACACACACACACACACACACCCUUCCCCCUGCCCUGGUCGGAGCCACAGCAGAAGAAGACGAGGGGCUCUCCCUGCCAGUGUUUAUGUGAGCAGGCAGUCAGUCAGUCAACCAGACACCAUUACCCUGAAGGACCUGCCACUGAAUCAAGCCACUGUGUUUACAUGGAAAUCAGGAAUGUCAAACGGACUGACAGCCGAGACCAGAGUCAAAACACUAAAGCUAUAUUUUAUUUUGUGUUCUUUAUUCUGAUCCCCAUCAGCUGACUCUUAAGCAACUUCUGGUCUUCACUGGGGGCAUAAAAAAGACAUUACAAACACGAAAGCCAAUCUGUAGAAUGUGACAAGUAGAUGUAUCUAUGUUGAUGUAUGUAUGUUGGUUAGUGAGGUGUCAAUAUAAAGCCAGGAGGAGCCAUCCAGCCCCAAACACUCCUCUAGAUGACGCAUUUACAAAGUAUUGGUGCUUAGUAUGUAGAAUGAAGGAGGAGACUUUCAAAUCCACAUUAUUAGAUCCUUGUUUAUUCUGUAAAUAUCAUAUUUAUAUAUUUGUUGAUCUGUAGGUGCAGUGAUUUUGUGAAGUUUUGUUGAACAGAAUCAAUGAAGUUAUGCUUUCUAUGUAAUGUAAAAAAAAAUUGGCAGUUAUGCUACUGUUUAAAAUAAUAUACCAUUAGUUAUAUUUUAGUUAUAUUGUUCUUUUUGUUCAACUAGUUUGCAUUUAUUUCACUACACAAAAGAAAAACAGAAGAGCCAAUGUGUGUACAUUUCAGUCACAACCUGCAAAUCAUUUGCAACUGUUUUUGAAUUUGCAAACACAGUUUCUUGCCAGUCAGUUGAUGUUUUUACGCUCUUGUGUAAAAUAACAAAUAAAUGCACAAAACAGUUUA